UUCAACUUGAUGGUGAUCUGACCGUGGCUGUCGUCAUAGAAUGGAUGAAUGCGGCUAGCCGGGUGUUAGCUUCGGCGAUGUAGUCAUCCUCAGAAUGAUAUCACAGCGGGAAAGUGGAGAACUCGCUCGGUUUUAUACAGUCACGGACCCGAAGAAGCACAGAAAAGGUUAUACGGUUUACAAAGUCACCGCGCGAAUAAUCUCCAGGAAAAACCCAGAAGAUAUCCAGGAGAUAACCGUAUGGAAGAGAUAUAGCGAUUUCCGGAAGCUUCACCAGAAUCUGUGGCUUCUUCACAAAAACGUUUGUUGCCAGUCCGAGCUCUUUCCUCCAUUUGCUAAAGCCAAAUUAUUUGGUCGAUUCGACGAUUCCGUUGUAGAAGAAAGACGACAGUGUUCAGAGGAUCUCCUGCAGUUUUCUGCUAAUAUUCCUGCUUUAUACAACAGCCAGCAUAUUCAAGACUUUUUCAAGGGAGGGGAAGUUCACGACGGAUCAGAGCUUAUUGGACCAGUUGAGCCUUUUUCUGACUUCCUGGCUGACCGUUUAUCUGACUGUAGUUCUGACGUUCAAAGAGACCACAGCGCUGCGGAGGAUUUAACCCUCCCAUCGGGUUAUGGAGGUCCAUCCAGCGACAGCGACCUGACCUCCCUGGCUGUCGAUACAGACUCUUUAGUCGGGUUGGAUGAUGGCAUGACCUCAGGUCACACUUCUCCAAAUCAGCCACACGGGGGAGCCACUAAUAUUAGCAGUAGUUGCAGCCCUCGUUUGCCCUCCUUUCACGAGCGCCACACGCCAUCUUCCGCCCCCGUUCCCGCUUCCUCUGCCCAUCUCUCUGAGGUCACCCGGCCAGGCCAAACACCGCUCCUCCCUACCGGCCUGACAAAAGCCAGUGCAGCCAACACCAAAGAUCUGAAGUCUGACUACCUUGAAAAAGCAAGUGAGCUGAUCUGUUUGGCUGUGGAAAAGGAAAAGCAUCAGGACUACCAGGCAGCUUUUUCAUACUACCGCAGUGGAGUCGACCUGCUGCUGCAAGGAGUGCAAGAGGAGUCGAGCUCCGAGCGCAGAGAAGCCGUGAAGAAGAAGACGGCCGAGUAUUUGAUGCGCGCUGAACAAAUAUCCAGUCACUUUUUGAAAAGCAGCAUGGGUCAAGGAUCCACACAAACGGUGGCCUUUGGGGUUCAGUGCUGCUCUUCCAGCAGAGGAGGGCAGCAAAGUCCGUCUGAUGAGCUGACAGCUUACAGGGUGCUAGGCGUUAUAGAUAAGGUUCUGCUGGUCAUGGACAAGAGAACACAGGAGACGCUCAUCCUGAAAGGCCUGAGGAAAAGCAGCGACUGUGGGCGACCCAGAAAGACCAUCAUGCCUCACUCGGUGCCCCACAUGGUGAAACUAAGAAAGUUUAUCAUCUGUGAAGACACAAUCUUUCUUCUGCUGCAGUACGCUGAAGGGGGAAAGCUUUGGUCUCACAUCACUAAAUACCUUCAUAAGUCCAGCCCAGAUGACAGCUUUGACAUCCCUUUCAUCCAGAAGAGCCACACAGCCGCCGUACACUCUCCUCAACACACAAUACCACGAUUGGAAGUGGACUCAGGCAGCACUGAUCCUGGUCCUGCUGCUGGUUCAGAUUGUCAUCAGAGUCAGCAAGAGGAAGGGCAGCGGCCCUUUGGGUCUCCUCUGAAAAGCUCCCUCCCUCCUGGAGUCGCUGAACCAACGUGGGCUCGCUCAGACUCUGGAGCCACGUCUGAGGAGGAGUGUACCAACAGCUAUUUGACUCUUUGCAAUGAGUAUGAGCAGGACAAGGUAGAACCAGAUGCACUGGAGGAAGAGGAAGACGAUGAUGACAAAAGUGAACAGGACAUGCUCUCGUUGGAGGUGCCGACUGCUGCAACCACCAGGUCCUCGCAAAGCCACUCUUUAAUGAGCAACGACAGCCUCUCCUCACCCGUCAGCUCGCAGGAACUCGGCUUCUUCGGCGAGUUGUCUGAGAAAAGUGUCCACGCCCCCAACAGUGAGCAGUGUCGCAGCGAAGAAAAUGAGCAAAGUGACGUUUUCAGUCCUUUACGCUCCCCCGUUGCGCCUCUUUCAUUGGAUCAGUCCAAGCACACGCCGAUGGAGUUUUUCCGCAUUGACAGUAAAGACAGCGCAAGCGAAGUGACCUGCCUGGAUUCAGCAGCUCCUCAUAAGCAGACGCCGCCGUUUUCUACAUGUGACCUGGGCUCAGACACCACAGAGAAUCUUCCAGAGCUGGCUCAGGGAGUGAGGGGUCCUGCUUUGGAGUUUUGGGGGCUGGACUGUAGCGAUAAAGGCUCAAACGAGUCAGUGCCUGUCAUCUCGUUUAAGGAGGCCGCCGUCGAGGAGGAGGCCUGUCCACCUGACUUACUCGUAAACCUUCCAGCUGUGGGCGGGAAUCAGGACUCUGCACAGGAGGAACUGAAAACCUCAGGAGUGUGUUUGGGGCUUGAAGUAACAGCUUCCCCCCAAAAGUGCAUCCAGCCGGACGUUUUGCAGCUUCAUAGUCAGCCUGAGGACAGAGACGAUCAGCAGAAACCUUUUCUGUUCUGUGUAGACUCUGCAGUUGCUGGUUCAAGUGUUUUGUCACCUCCUUUGGAGUCACUAUUGGACGACGGCUUGGUACAUAGCCAGGAAGCUCCGGAAAAAGUCCAUGAUCCCCCUGUAGGUCAAACUGGCGACCUCCAUGUUGACUCCUUCACUCCAGAUACAGCGAAUCAGAAACUAGAGCCAUGUACCACAUUAAACACUGAUGUGGAUCCAGACCGUAGUGGCCCAGACUCUCCCCCAGCCAUGGACGGGGCGCACGCCUGUGCACCGUUUGAAAAUUUGCUCGGCCUCGAUGGAGAAAGAUCGGAACUUCUUUCCAAGGCCGAUGGCAGUGCGCACGAGAAAGACGUGUCCCGCCUGUUUGCAGAGCUGGACGAGCUUUCCCUGGCAGCAUCUCAAGUUCAUAUUCCAGAAGAGUUUGUUCGGAGCUGGGCUGCAGAGUUGGUGAUGGCUCUGAGCUGCCUGCACCAAGAGGGCAUCAUCUGCAAGGACCUGAACCCCAACAACAUCCUUCUUGACCACCAAGGUCAUGUUCAGCUCACCUACUUCUGCAGCUGGUACGACGUGGAAGAGUCCUGUGACAAGGAGGCCGUCCCCAGCAUGUUCUGUGCUCCAGAGGUGGGAGGCAUCAGCGAGGAGACUGAAUCAUGCGAUUGGUGGAGUUUGGGAGCCGUCCUCUUUGAGCUCCUGACAGGCGUGUCGCUGCUGCGCUGCCAUCCAGCAGGAAUCGGUCGCCACACCGCUCUCAACAUUCCCGAGUCUGUUUCAGAGGAGGCCAGGUCUCUGCUGGAACAGCUGCUCCAGUACAACCCGACGGAGAGGCUUGGGGCAGGCGUUGGGGGGGUGGAUGAUAUCAAGUCCCACCCCUUCUUUGCCUCAGUGGAAUGGCCCGAAUGAUGCAUUUGGGGAAGACUUGAAGCUAAAGUUGUGUGAUUUCCCUCCACUUAAAGACCCGAAUAAACAGUAAAUUCAGAUUCUUUUUUUUUAAUGCUGAAUCUCUUUAUUCUAAAAGCGUUAACGGCGUUGACAAGAUCUCCGAUUUUUAGGGAUUCGAACAAGCAGCAGUGUCCUUUUUUUAUGCUUCAUUGAUUCUGACAUAAGUUCGCACACAUACACUGCAAUAACUCUAACAAGUGAGUGACGGCCCAUUACUGCACUGACGGCUUUGUGCUGCUCCGUCAGAAGGCGCUGCUCGCCAAACUCCAUCAUUGCACUCUGAGAACCCCACUCACACUGCCGCACACCCGUCACCCACCCAUAAACUGAAAAGAUGAAGCCCAGUUAUAGCCGUUGGAAAGGUUGGGGGCAGGGUCCCCAUUUUUUUUAAUAGUAAAAUUAAAGGGGAGGGGCUAUAACAGCACUAUAAAUGAAGGGAUGAAACAAUUGAUUUUAAAGUGAGAGCAGCAAAUAUUGACAUUUUUUAUUCUAAAAAAAAAUAUUAUUGAAGCUUUUUUUAUAUAUUUAAAUCUUAUACAAAAGUCCAUGCUUUUAUUUUUUUAAGUACACGGCAUUUAGAAAUGGGAUUUUAGUUCUUUCUUUGCUGUUCAACCCCCCCCCCUCCCAGCUCUUAGAAAAGAAGGAGUGAGGUUAUGUCUAAAAUUGAGGAUUCACUUGAAUUAUUUUUUACUAUUUUCAAUUGUUUGCAAGCUACGAAAACUGGAAAAUAUGGACACUAUGCAAAACCAACAAGCAGAAAAAAAGAGUAACUUUGAUAUUUUGGAUUAUUUGUUGGCUCUGUGCUAUUUACCCCUGCUUUUUUCUUCAUAUGACUUGAUUCCUAUAAUAAAUGCUGUUGAAAAUGUACAAAAUAAUAAAUUAUUUGUGUAAAUAGAUUUUUUUAAGGAUGUGUUGAUCAAAUGCAGAUUUCAAAGUCCUGAUUGUGUUUUUUCUGUUCUUUAUCCGUCAACUAAUGACAUUGAACUAAAAGUUGAUUUUCUAAAUGCACUGACAUGUUUACAAUUUUAUUGUUGAGAUUAGAUUAUUGCCAUUAUGACUUUAUGUUGGAUUAUGAUGCUCAUGUUCCUGUUGUUCUCCUCUUCGUGCAUGCAAGUCUUUUAUUUUUUAUUUUUUUUAUCUAGAUCAGGAUGCAGUUUUUUCCUAUUGAUGCUGACUCUUUUGUGUGUGUGUGUGUGGUGUGUGGUGUUUGUGCAGCCUGGAAUUCAAUAAACAUACCUGGUUCACAACACGG